CUAAACUUUCCGAUUUGACUCCAUGCUGUUGGACUGUGUGCAGGACUGAAAGCUGUGGACUCGGCUGUUUGAGUGGAAACAGGAGCAACCAAACAGCAGGGAGAUGUGGUGGGUGCUGUGGGUGCUCGCCAUCUUGCUGGCUAUCUUCUGCACUUUCGAUGUGUGGUACUUCCUCAGGGCAGCUGCUGUGAUCAUCAGGGCCUGGUUCCAGCCCCCAAUCUGGGAUGUCACCGCAGAGCAGACUCGUACCAGCCGGGUCACUACCAAUGACAUCGACAUGUGCCACAUGAACAAUGCUCGUUACCUCCGAGAGUGUGACUUUGCCCGCUUCUCUCUGUACAUGCGUAACGGCGUGUUCAAGGCGCUGCGAGCACUCAAAGCUUCGAUGGUAGUGGGGGCCACCACCAUCCGUUACCGCAGGGCCCUGUGUAUAGGUGAGGGGUACGAGCUGCGGAGUCGCAUCGUCACUUGGGACGACAAAGCCUUUUUCCUGGAGCAGAGAUUUGUGUCAACAAAAGAUGGGCUGGUGUGUGCCGUCAUGUACUGCAAGCAGAGCGUAAUACGCAGCAGCCCGGACAAGAUCAUGCAGCACCUGUGUAAGCGAAAGGUGGAGUGCCCUGAGUUUCCAGAGGACCUUCAGCACUGGGUCAACUUCAUCUCUGCCAGCAGCCAGGCCCUCAGAGCCGAGAACGGACUAGAUGAGAAGAACAAAUGAGACAUUGCAUGGGCAGCUUUACGGCUGGCUCUUUGCAAGAAAGCUAAUUUACCAUCUCAGGAUUAAAAAGACAUUUUUCUUUUGUUUACAAUUACAUGGAUUCAAACACACUUGUGCCUACAGAUGUGAAAACAAGCUUUCCUUAGACUUAUGUCAACACUGGAAGAAUAAGCACACCAGAUUGUUUGGAGAGGCUAACAUGUGAUUACUAACUCAGUAAUAAUAAAGUAAUAUGAUUGUAUAAAGUGUAUCUUUGUGUAUUAUGGCAGCAAUAAAUAAAAAUGAAUUUAAAAUCA